AUGUCAGAAGAAUACAGAACAGAUGAUUCUUCUGAGAUUCAUGAGAAUAAUUCAAAAAUACUGAAUGCAUCUACUAAUUCGGGAAUAAAUGCUGUACAUGUCAACUCAGCAAGAGAAAUGACUCAAUUACAUACGAGAGCAAGAUUACCAGUACAUUUACAAGCUAGAAAUGAAGAUAGAAACAAUGAUAUGCCUAAACCACAGAGGAAACCCGUUAUGAGUUCAAAAUUUCCAAAAUCAAACUCUAAUAUAUCAAUUCCAGCUAAGUCACACACUGGCGCAUGCAACAAUCCUCAGUGUACUUAUUGUGGCCAAGUAAUUAUCCCUUCCCCAAAAUCAUCGCUACCCAUACAAGAUCAUCCAUCGAUAACCAUAAACGAUUGGAGCAUAUUUACUAUAAAAAGACCUAUAUUGAAUUCGCCAGAACUAGAUGAUUUGGCUGAUUCGAGAUUUGAGUUUCCGUUACCGGAAAUGAUAUUUGGGAAUAAUUUAGUAAAACUUGUAAACGAUAAGAACGGAUCUUCAAUAGAAUUUAAUGCAUUGGAUGCAUUGGAUUCUUUAGAUGAAGAAUCUAGCUUAAAGGUUAGUUAUCAUAAGGAAUGGUUGGAAUCGAGGAGAUCGCCAUCGACAUCUUCAUCAUCAGACAUUAUAGAUAAAUCCGAAAAGGCACAGAAAGAAAUUUCCAAUAAAGAUUUGAAAAAGUUAACUGAUUUGGAUUCGCUAAAGCCAUAUGAUUGGACAUAUUCAACCAAUUAUAAAGGUACCUUGAAAAAUAUAGUGUUCUCAGAAACAGACGAAAAGAUUCCAGUAGAAAAAUUAUUGAGACCAGAUCCAAUAUUGUUCUUCGAUGAGCUGAUAUUGUUCGAAGAUGAAUUGGGUGAUAAUGGUAUCUCAAUGUUGUCAACAAAAAUUAGAGUUAUGCCGAAAUGUUUGCUAUUAUUAUGUAGAUUUUCCUUAAGAAUUGAUAAUGUUAUUUUCAGGAUCAGGGAUACGAGGAUUUAUAUUGAUUUUGAUACUAAUUUGAUCUUGAGAGAGUAUAAAGUACAAGAAUGCUCUUAUAAUGAGGUGUUAAAAAAAAUUUCUAAUAAGAGCAACAAUGAUCCAAAAAAGUUAUUAAGAGAUACGAUGUGGGUAUCGCAAAACAUUCCAGUUUUAAGUUGUACAGUUGAAUCCAGUACUUUAUAG